AUGUCGGCCUCAUUCAAGAUCACCGACACGCUCCCCCUCCCCAACACGAGCGCGCGCAUUCCCCGCCUCGGCUUCGGCGUCUACCGCUCGCCAACCGACGUCUGCGUGAAAUCCUGCCUGAAGGCAUUGGAAGCCGGAUACCGACACAUCGACACGGCACAGUUUUACGCCAACGAGGCUGAAGUUGGAGAGGCUUUGCGCACUUCCACCGUGCCCCGGGAGCAGGUUUUCGUCACCACUAAGAUCCUCAGCCCCGCUGCCUCGGUUGAGGCUACCUACGAUAAACUGCUUGCUUCUGUGCACAAGAUUAGUGGUGCGGAUGGAUAUGUUGAUUUGUUCUUGAUCCACUCUUCCAGCUCGGGAUCGGCCGGCCGCAAGCUUUUGUGGCAGGCGCUUGAGAAGCUGUUCUUUGAGGGGAAGACCAAGAGCAUUGGUGUUAGUAACUUCGGUGUUGGGCACAUCGAGGAAAUGCGGUCAUAUGCUCAGGUUUGGCCGCCGCAUGUGAAUCAGAUUGAGCUCCACCCGUGGUCCCAGCAGCGUGUCAUUGAUGAAUACUGCCAGAAGAAUGGCAUUGUCGUCGAGGCCUACUCGCCCAUUGUGCGAAACUACAAGGCCAAUGAUCCCACACUUGUGGAUAUCGCAAAGAAACACAACCGACCAACUCAGCAGAUCUUGAUCCGCUAUGCGCUGCAGAAGGGAUGGGUCCCCCUCCCCAAGACCGACAACCCAGAGCGAAUUGUCGCCAACGCGAAUGUGUUUGACUUUGACCUCAGCGCAGACGAUAUGUUUGUGUUGGAUUCCCUGGACCAGGGCAGCGCAGGCGCCAUCGUGGAGGCCGUUGACAACGAAUGA